UGUUGUUGUAGAGAUGACCAAGCGAAAUGUCCCCGGCUUUGCUAUUGGUGGCCUUAGUGGAGGGGAAGAGAAAGAUCACUUCUGGAAGAUGGUGACCCUCAGCACAGACCACUUACCCAGGGACAAGCCUCGCUACCUCAUGGGGGUUGGAUAUGCCACUGAUCUUGUGGUAUGUGUGGCCCUCGGUUGUGACAUGUUUGACUGUGUCUUCCCCACAAGGACAGCUAGAUUUGGCUCCGCUUUGGUUCCUUGGGGCUCCUUGCAAAUAAAAAACAAACAGUUUGCAAAAGAUUUCCAACCUAUAGACAAAGACUGUAAAUGCCCAACCUGCAUAAGAUACACCCGUGCCUACAUCCACGCUUUGUUUAAAAGUGACACAGCAGGCAUGCAUCACAUUACAAUCCAUAACAUUGCAUACCAGUUGAAUCUGAUGCAUUCGGUAAGGGAGAGCAUUCUGCAGGGGUGUUUCCCUCCGUUUAUACAGGAUUUCAUGAAGACCAUGUAUGGAACAAAGGAUAAAUACCCACAGUGGGCUGUUGAUGCUUUAGAGACUGUCAAUAUCACGUUAAAGUAA